CUCGAAAUGACAGACCCGGAUAUCAUUCUCUACCUGUACCCAAACGAUGGCCCGGGGAAUGGAGGCGCAGUGGAUGCAAUUUAUACGUUCCGGGGCGGGUCGCGGUACAUGCCGCCGCGACGCCGCGAUGCCCUAGAGCAAUACGACAUCUACAGCCGUCAAGACAGGGAGUCAACGGAGCAGCCUGAGGAGCAAAGAGGCCUUGAAAGCAGUGCUUGCAUCGUUUUGAGGUUCAGCGACGGUGCAAAGACUCGUCUUGGUGUAGUGGCCGGGUGCGCCCCGAACGUCGAUCUGCCCUUUGAAAAGCAGCCAGGCAUCAGUCGCUUCCACCUCGCCUUCACCUUCGACGACAAGGACCGGCCGAUAGCAAGAGACCUGGGCUCUCUCUGUGGAACAAGAGUCAUCUACGAUGGAGAGGAGGGAAAGCGGCGGUCUAAUUUCGACUAUCUCCUGCAGGGACCCAGAAUUUUGGGCAACAAACCCCCAGUUCUCAAUGUCACAGGCAAAGUUCAGUUCAAGGUCGUUGUGCCUCCUCGCGAUAUCACGUCCCAAGACUACAUCAACAGGGUGGCCAGGUUCCGCCAGGGCACGGCAGACCACGAGGAUCUCUUCGCCUCUCUCGUUCUUCGGAGCGCGCCAGGCACCCAGCCCCCUACCGGAACAGAUACACCCUCGAGACUCUCCGUUGACCCGGUUCUCUACAAGAAGAAGCUCGGCGAGGGAGCUUUUGGGGUAGUGACAUAUGUUUGGAAUGCGACGACUGGGGAAGAGUAUGCCUUGAAGGAGCCGCUAGAGAAGUUUAUCAAAAGCGGCCAAGUUAUAACGAAGAAUUGGAAGAAGGAAGCUGAAAUUAUGGGACGUAUUUCUCAUGACCAUAUUGUCGCGUUUCGAGAUGCCACAUUCUCCCCUUGGCCCCAGUUGACCUUUGAGUAUGUCCCCGAAGGUUCUCUCGACAACUGCAUUAACUUGUCUACCUUCGAAAACGUACAAGUCCUCCGCCAAUUACUCUCGGCCCUGCGAUACCUCCACGCACAAAACCCUCCGAUCGGACAUCGUGAUAUCAAGCCCGAGAAUAUCCUAGUGCUCUACCGGCGUUCCAGCGGCAUCCACGUCAAGUUUGCAGACUUCGGCUUAGCUAAGGCGGCGGACUAUCUAAAAACAUUCUGUGGUUCACUGUUAUGGGCAGCUCCGGAGAUCUAUAACAAGAUCCCCGACCCAGAUGCUACCGCCGAUGACAGUUAUAGCGUAGCUGUCGAUAUCUGGUCUCUCGGCCUGGUCAUUGCCUCACGAGAGUGCGGGCUUCCAUACUACGAGGACUCGUACCGAACUAGCGCCGUAGCUUGGAUACGGGCGGUAUUGCAGCAUGUCGAGGAUCACGAGGAGAAAGGAAACGAGUUGCUCUAUUUUCUUCUUGAUACGAUGCUGGUUGUAAACCCGCAGGAGCGGAAGGACGCCCUAUAUUGUCAUGACGGGGCGCUGCGACUGUCCAACUGUGACUCUCGACGUCCGUUCCUGCGUCGCGUCUCUCGCAGUCCGCUCAAUGUGUACACGUCUUCGGACACCGAUGAAAGCGACGAGGACAGCGAUCCAGGCACCCAGCCUUCAAUGGGGCAUGAGGGAGCAAGCGAAGAGUCCACGAUUCGCCUCAGUCCUUGGGCCGACGGCUUGCAGACACCCGUUGAAACGACAGCUGCGUCUAUCGGUUCAUCUCUCAUAGCGAAUCUGGGGUAUCGCGGCACGGACAUGAUCAACUCCAUCGUCAACCCCACUGAAUCCGGAACGUCCCAAGGUUCGGGUGCCUCAACGCCUAGGGCUCAGCAGCGUCGGGGACAAGACAACUCUGUCGUCCUACCACAAGGGAGCGCACUAGACAGCGUGCUAUGGAACCCGGAACCAGCAAGUUUCUCAAGCAACCAUGACGCCGCAGCCAUGGAAGCUGGCGGCCCUCAGGACGACACUCGACCCGAAGAGCUAGAUGUCUCUUUCCUCAUUCGCUACCAUCUUGGCGGCGGAGCCCAAGACAAUGAGGCCCAAGAGGCCGUCGAGGUUCCAGAAGUGGCAUCAGGGGAACCACGCCAACCGGGGCGUAAGAGGACUUGGCCAGAAGAUCGUAGCCCACUGAUGUCGGCGCACCAGUCUCUCACGGAUCCAACUCCAGGGGUCGCGGCUCUACAACGUGACGAUAUAGUCAGCCGAGAUGGUUCUUCUAGCAGAGUGCUACGAGCCGGCAAACGUAGGAAGAAUGUCGCAGCGGGUGAAGACCUGGAGUCAGGAUGAUUACUUGAUGACCGGUGACUCCGCAAUUGCCGUUCUGGAGCAUCUGACAACAUUGAAAUAUAUGUACCCAUGCAUUUUUAAGCAUGAUUGCGUGAGAACAGACAGAGUAGAUGUUGCAACUUUUUUUUCC